AUGGGGUCCUUGGAUUACUGGAGAGACAGUAAAAUGGGGACCUUGUAUUACUGGAGAAACAGUAAAAUGAGGACCUUGGAUUACUGGAGAGACAGUAAAGUGGGGAUCUUGGGUUACUGGAGAGACAGUAAAAAGGUGCCCUUGGAUUACUGGAGAGGCAGUAAAGUGAGGACAUUGGAUUACUGGAGAGACAGUAAAGUGAGGACCUUGGAUUACUGGAGAGACAGUAAAGUGGGGAUCUUGGAUUACUGGAGAGACAGUAAAGAGGGGACGUUGGAUUACUGGAGAGACAGUAAAGUGGGGACCUUGGAUUAA